GUCUCCACGGCGACUGUCCCGUGCCCUUUGAUGACCUCGGCUCACAAUUGGGCCACUCGUGGACAGUGGGCGAAGUGCACAUAAACGACGCCCUCUCACGACUCCACCCCGCAAUACUACCCCACGUCAUAGUCCACGAGUUAGGCCAUGCCCUCGGUUUGCCCCACGACGAGACUGACCCGACUGCCAUCAUGUACUCUGUGUACUACACACCCGAAAGAGGCAGUCCCUCCCAGCCGACUGAGCACGAGAGCGAAAUUGAACUGUCCCAGAGCGAUGUGGAUGCCAUUCAGGCACUCUAUGGUGUAUGUAACCUGAAAACAACUUCAAUCUCCAGUCUACGCGUGAACAAAUCUUACAAGCACUCUUUCGUGGUCACAGAUGGACUCAUUCUCAGCACCGAAUCCAUCUCGGACAAAACCGAAAACACUGUUGUGCAGGAAUAUGAAAUACAGAACAGGUCACAGAGGUUAGAGGUCAAGUUCAAGGAGGUUGAGAUUGACUAUUUGCUGCAGAUGGGCAAAAGUGACGGGUACGAAGCAUAUGGAAUAAGCUCAGAUUUGGAAGUAUUCCGAGUUCACUUUAACAAGACUGAUGACUCAUCCUCAUCAUCAUCCUCACCCCUCCCCUACACACUAUCGGACCCUGUUCUCUUGACUGACAAGUGGCCCUGUUUCCCUGUUCUUGGCCACGAUGAACGAAGUAUGACGUCAUUGGCCCUUGUGACGUCAUACUACAACAGAAGAGACAGGACUAUCUACUUCUACUCGGACAGUUCGACCAACCACAUGAUCUACCGAUUCAACACGAGAACCAACGAAUGCCUCGAACCUAUUUCAUUUUACAACCUCCAUUUUGAUACGACAUUCCCCAAAUUCCAAACACUCCCAACAACCACCAAAAACCAGGAAAAGCCCACCACCAAAACCCCACAAACAGACACAAACACAGACUACGGUGAUGUAAUAGCAUCAUCGAAUGAUCUAAUCGAUGACGCAACUGAUACCGCUACCAAUGAUGCAAACGGUGACGUAACAACUCAAUGGUUCACGACAGUUGUGCAAUCGGCUUACCCAUUGUACAUUCAAGAGUCCGAUAUAAGGCUUGUUUUCCAAGAACACGAAUCACAGGAAACGUAUAUUCUGACCGACCAAGAUUUCUGGAGGGUACGAAAGUCGGAUUACUCGCUCGAGUUUGGAGGAAAGAUCUACGAAUCAUGGCCGUUCCUUUGCACAUUUUGAUGUUUUUAGAGUUUAUUCGCCUAUUUAUAAACUAGCACCAAACCAGUAAUUUUUGUAAUUCAAAAUUUUAUUUCUUGCAAAUUCGCAUAUAGAUACAUAGU